AUGCAGAAGGAACUGGAGAUCCUCAUAAGCAAGCUCAAGACCAUGACAGUAAUCGACAACCAUGAAGACUACAACUAUCUGGUGUCGCACACAGACCAAUGCAAUAACAAGGCAAGGAUAUUUGAGCUUCUGAAAAGCAAGAACAAUUCCCCUGCAGAGGUGGCCCCUUUGUUGUUUACAUUUGUAUCCAAGUUAGAGCCAGAAUCCGAUGAAGACCUGCUUCCCAAGAUAGUCGAUUUUAUAAGAGGGUGCAGGGGAAAUUCCCGAGAAACCUCCGAGUGGAUGGUCAAGAUUCUGUUCCUGCUUCUUGAGAAGACCAAGGAGAGGAGAAGGGAUUCUGGAGUGAGGCUGAGACUUCUUGAGUGCAUCAGGGUCUAUGGCAAAGACACAAGGCUAGUAAAUCAUGUAAUUGAUCUUAUGUGCACAAAGAACAGUGCAGAGAUUAUUGGAUUGAUACUCGAGUCGAUUCCCUCCAUAUCCGAUGAGCUGGUUAGAUGUGCCAUGAAGCAAGACAACCCUGUGCUGCUAAAGAACCUAUCGAUUGUUCUUCCUCUUCUGUCCGGACGAGACAUCAGCUUGUUUGUAAACUAUGAGCACUUUGACGAGCUCCUCGACUCUGAACACUUUUUCAUGAGGAACUGUUUCUUAGAGAUAUGUGCAAAUCUUGUGGAGCACUUCAAGAAAAAAGGGAUGGUUGGAAAGUUGAACGAUCUUGUGGGGGUGGUUGUGGAGAGACUAUCCGACACAUACUUUUUGACCAGAUACAAGGCCCUUCAGGUUCUUGAAUGUCUCUUCCAAAGAAACUCAAUAACGGUUGGAAGAAGGCAUGAGGUCAUACGGGAAGUAGGGGGGAGAGUACUGGAUAAGACUGUUGUUGUUAGAAAGAAGGCCAUCAGCAUCUGCUCAGGUUUACUCAUGAGGCACCCCUUUGCAUCUGAGAAAACCCUUGAAAAGAAGAAUCUGGGAUCUGCUGAGAAUGAGAGCAACAGAAGCGGGCUGUGCGAUGGGGAAAAGGAGUCUGAAAUGAAAUACUACGAGGAUCUGAAUCAGUUCCAUGAUAUCAUGAAGGAAAUACAGGACAACAUUGUCACCCUCUUAAGCGGAGGGACCAAAACAGAGAUCAACGAGUGCAUUGAGUUCAUAAAGCUCUGCUUCUACUACAGGAUAGAUGGGUCCAGAGAGGCGUUUGAAUCAUUAUUUGACCUUGUAUGGACCCAAGACCUGGAGCUUCUGGUUCUAUCGUUCAGAGAUCUUGUUGUGCAAAUGAAGAUGAAUAACAGCAGCCUGUUCUGUUUCUUUAAGGAAUUCAUACGAAUGGAAGGGAACCACUCGUUUGAGAAGGUGCUCAGAGAGCUUAGUGCAAGAAGAUACAUAGACAAGACAUUUGUGUCUGAGCUCUGUAGUAUGUUUCUCCAAGGGUUCCAUCUGCUUGAAGCCUCCUAUCUAUUAAGACAUAUAGGCAGGCCUCUCACUGUAGACAUGUUCCACUCAUUAGUUCUGUUCUCCACAAAGCUUCUAUUUUCUAGCCAGGUGGAAAAGGAUCUGGUGGACAUGCUGUCUGUAUACAAGAACAUAGUUCAAAUCAGAGUGCGGCAAAGAGUCAAGUUUGACGACGAGAUAAUUGAGGUGCUUGCCAAGAACCUGGCCAAGAUGACAUUUUUUGAGCACCAGGUUGUCGAUGUAACCGUUUCGACGAUCUAUUCGAUCAGCACUCUUCCAGAGAAGAGCAUUAUCAUGCUGCUUGAGAAGCUUUGCGAUAUGGAGAGGAGCUCCCUCAAGGCGAUUUCUGCCGUGGGAUGCAUUGGUUUAAAGCACAUGCAGUAUGUGGAAGAGCUAGAGAGAUUGGUGAAGUCCAACAGAAUAAAGAUCAAGGUUGACAAGACUGUAAUCACGCCUGAGAUAGUAGAAAGAAGGCGGAGCAUCAAUGCAUCCAGGCAAAGCAUUAGCACUAUUCUCGAGGAAAACAAGGAUGGAGAUGAUUCGAUCCUGAAUAACUCCGCUCUCGACAGGGGCAUUUCCUCAAGAAUCGGGGACAAGAGCGAGGAGGAGAUUGUCGACUUCUUUUUCUACAUUAAGGAGAAGGAGAUGCUGUAUGGAAAAACCGUUCUUUCUAACUUCAAGCAAGUUGUUGAAGAAGGAUGCUUCUCGAGUGACGAAGAAAUACAGGUUGCCGCAUAUGUCUCUCUUUAUAGACUUAUGUGCAUCAGCUUUGAGUUCUUUAGCGAGCACUACGAGACCUUUAUUCGUUCGAUGAGUCAUCCAAUCCCCAGGAUCAGAGCAAAUGCUGUUGUUGCAAUGGGCGACUUUCUGCUGAGCUACAACACCACUGCAGAAAGACACACACAUCUCCUGCUUGAAUCUCUUGGGGACGUGGAUGCCGAUGUCAGAAGGAAUGCUCUCCUUGUGAUUCACAAUCUGCUCAUGAAGAACAUUCUCAAGAUCAAAGGAUAUGGCCCCAAGCUUGUGCUUCUGCUAACGGAUGAGAAUGCAGAAAUUAAGGAGAUGGCCGAGCAUCUUUUGAUACAGAUAUCGAAAAAGGAGAACACAAUGACUACUCUACUUUACGAGACGAUAACUGCAGAGAAUGGACAGCUUCCUCUUAUCAUAGGCUUCCUUACAGAUCUGGUAAGCGAAAAGGCCAAGGAGAGUUUAUUUCUGAAGGCCCUAAGAUCGAAUGUUAACAGCGAAACUCUGAAGCUUCUCUGCAGUGCUUUUAACUUGGACGACAGGAUUGCAGGGAGUGGUGGGCUCCUUAAUAGGUCUAAAUAA